AUGAAUGAAUAAUUAAAUAGGAUGGAAAAAGAGAAGAAUAACCGAUGUAGAUUAUUACAUAAAGUUUAUGCUUAAAAAUAGAAGCCUCCCUUCAAUAAUAUGAGUUUCCAAAUCCGAGUUUAAAAUAUGUUAAAGCAAAUUCAAUACGCAUAAAAUGAAAGACUUCGCUGCCAAAGUGAAUUCGAAAAUAAAUUUCCCUCUAUUCUAAAAUUGAAUCCCCUUUCCAGACCUUAAAAUAUAGCCCCUUUAAAUUUAAGGUUAAACACCAUCCGUACUUCCUCAAGACAAAGCAACUUAAUCAUAGAUGGAACUACUAAAAAGAGCUAAGAAAAAAGAUUUUAAUAGGCAAGUUAAGAUUCAAAUUUAAGGCUUUCUUCAAGUCCUUUAAGAUUUGAUAUAAAGAAUAAAACAUCAAUAUAAACAUUAGUUCUAAAAGAUAUGAUUGCUGCAAAAGAAUAACAAAUUAAACUUGAUUAACAAACACAAGUAGAAUAUAAUUUAAUUGAAAAUAUAUCAAGCUGGUCAAGAAAGUCUUCUGAAAGCAUCUUUUGA